CGAGCAAGAUGGCGGCGGCGGCGAUGGCGGCGGGGCGGCUGGCGGGCGCGGCUCUUCGGUGCCCGCUGACUCGCCUGGCCUUCCCUGCGGGGCAGAGGCGCCGGAUGAGCGGGGCCAGCCCGGUGCUGCUGGAGCUGGACGAGCGCGCGGGCGUGGCGGUGUUGCGGCUGCAGCAGCCGCCGGUGAACGGGCUGAGCCUGGCGAUGCUGACCGAGCUCUGCCUGGCUCUGCAGAAGCUGGAGGACCGCCGGGCCUGUCGCGGCCUCGUCCUCACCUCGGCCGUCCCCGGGAUCUUCUCGGCCGGGCUGGACAUCACGGAGAUGUGCGGGAGGAGCGAGGAGCGCCUGAGCGAGUUCUGGAGGGCCGUGCAGGAGCUCUGGAUCCUCCUCUACGGCAGCCGCCUGGCCACCGUGGCCGCCGUCAACGGUUCGGCCCCCGCGGGAGGCUGCCUGAUGGCCUUGUCCUGUGACUACCGGAUCAUGGCUGACAAUCCGAAGUACGGCAUCGGUCUGAAUGAGACGAGAUUGGGCAUCGUGGCACCUUUUUGGUUCAAGGACUCUUUGCUGAACACUGUUGGCCACAGGGCCACCGAGCGCUCUCUCCAGCUGGGACUCAUGUAUUCUCCACAAGAAGCCCUCAAAAUUGGCCUGGUGGAUGAGAUCGUGCCUGAGGAUAAGAUCCAAGCCAGAGCUGCAGAAGUCGUGGCCCAGUGGCUGGCCAUUCCAGAUCACGCCCGGCAGCUCUCCAAGUCCGCCCUACGGAAGCCAGUGCUCGACCACAUGCUGAUGCACCGUGAAGCUGACAUCCAGGACUUUGUGCGCUUCAUUUCCAGGGAUGCUAUUCAGAAGUCUCUCCAGAAGUACAUGGAGAUGUUGAAGCAGAAGAAAGCCUGAGGGGGGGGGGGGCUUUCCUCUCGUCAGAGCUUGGAGGCUCUUCUCCCUCUUGGAGGCUCUCCCUGGCAGCUGCCCCAUCCUCUCCUCAACGGAGACCGAACGUGUGGUGUGCCUGACUUUAGUGGCCUUUGCCUAGUUUGGUGCUGGAGUUUGGACUGCAGGGCUCAGCGGGUGGCUAAGGCUGGAAAGGGUUGCUGGGAGGGAGGCAGCUGAGCCACCCUGGGCUGCUUUUCCUAAGAAACGGGCGGGAUGCCAGUUGCCAAUAAAAACUUACAGUAGAGAGA